CCAGCAGCUACUACUUACUCUACAAUCAACAAUUUCCUUAACCUUUUUCCCCUUUCGCCCACUUAACCAAUAAACCUUCGGACUUACAAGUCUUGGUGUCUGUUAUAUUCUUUUCGUGGGCUGUGCGACACGGGAUUCUUGCAGGGAAUUAUUUUUCUUUGCGACUUCGGAAAGGAAAUUCAGAUUGAGGUUUGAUUUUCUCGUCGCUACCGAACCUUUGAUUUUCCUGCUAUCGCUACCGCUAUCGCUACUGGCACCGGGAUUGAGCAAUCGAGCAAUUGGGCGAUUGGGUUAAACGAAUUCGCUAUGGCUGCCUCUGCUGUUUCUGAUUCGGCGGCGGGGUUGAAGAAGGAAAAGAGGGAGAAGGUCAAGAAGGAGAAGAAGGAGAGGCGAGAGGAGAAGGAGGAGAAGGAGAAGGAGGAGAAGGAAAAGAAGGGAAAGAAAGACAAGAAGGAAAAGAAAGAGAAGAAAGAGAAGCACAACAGCAGCACCGUUAGCGACAAGGACGCGGACAAGAAGCAGUCGAAGAAGCGGCGCCUGGAAGAAGCUGACGAGGAUGAGGCAGAGGACGCCAAAAACACCGCCAGGGAGGAGGAGCGGAAGCAGAAGAAAAAGAAGAAGAGGGUCUCUUUCUCGGCGGAUGUGAAGUUGGAGGAUGGCAGUGGGGAUUUGGAGGCGGAGGCGGAGGCGGAUGCGAUGGAGGUGGAGGGACAACAAUCGGAGCAGGAGCAGCAGCAGCAACAAACCGAAGAGAAUGGAUCUGCGGAGGAAAUUAACUAUGAAGGCGAUGGAGAGGACAAGAAGAAAAAGAAGAAGGAGAAGAAGAAAAAUAGGAAUAAGGAUAAAGCCUCGGCCUCGGCCACGGACGGCGGCGCACCCACGAUUCACGAGACGCUCAUCCUCUCCUACCUCAGUCUAUACCACAACCACCGGCAGGCUUGGAAGUUCCAGAAGAACCGCGAGACGCAUCUGUUUAAGCAUAUUUUGUCUCUGGAGCAGGUCCCCGCCCAGUACAAUGCUGCGCUGCUGGCGUACCUCCAAGGGUUGAAGAGCGAGGGGGCGAAGCUCCGGUUGAAGGAGAUCGCCGAGGAGGUCAUCAAGGCGGAUGUGGAGGUGGAGGACAAGGAGGAAGACGAGACGAAGAAGAAGCAAGCUGAGGAGGACAAGACGGAUGGCGCUGAGGAGAGCAAUGAUACGGCUCCCGAGCCCAGCUACAAGAAGGCUGUGGCCUCGUUUCGGACACUUCUAUCGGGGGGCAAAGAGAAUCUUGAUAAUCAGCAAGACACCGAGGGGCUCGAUGCGACGCAACUACAGAGGCUACAGAAGAGACAUCGUGCGGAACUCAUCUUCUGGGCUGUCACUGGUGGCUUGUUCGAGAAACCCAAGGCUCCCCCGCGCAUGGCAAAGAAGAACCAGACACCAGGCAAAAAGAAGAAGAAGAACAGGACCGCAAUCAUCGAGAUCUCCAGCAGCAGCGAGAGCGACAGCUCCAGUGACAGCGACAGCGAUGCUGAGUAGAAGAAGAAAACCAAGAGUCCAGCCAAGAAAGAUUCAUCUUCGGAUGAGAGCAGCAGCAGCGACAGCGAUAGCGACUAAUCACUAAAAGCGCAUGUUUCUGACUGUGGAGUGGGCCUACUGGUCUCUGUACUUCGCGCUUUCAUGUGAUUGAUGAUCCCAUUUCACUCAUACUUCAUGGCUAUCCACCUCCACAUGACUUUGAGCAUAAAAGUUCGUGAUACCUGGUUCGAGCAUACAGGAGCGGCUGUCACUCGAAUCCGAGAUUAUUGCCGCUUUGAUUUCUUCAUAGUGCAUUGUUAGACAUAUAGACCUCUGUAUAUACCUAAAACCCAUCACUUG